CAGACAGAGCAACAAGGAUGAGAAGGAAAAGAAGAUGAUGAGGGGAGAGACAAGAGAUGGAAGAAGGUCAAAAUAUACUGGUAGGGUAGAACCGCAAUUGGACGUCAAAAGUAAAAGUACAAUGGCAAAAAAUGCAAAAGGAUGGUCUGAGAGUUGCUGGUAUGCUAGAAGAAGAAGUAGAAGUACAAUGACACAAAAUGCAAAAGAUGGCCCGAGAGUUUACAAGUCAAUGGAUAAUGCCAUUGAAAGAAGCAAAUUUGGUGUUAGAAAUGAAGAUGGAGUUGUGACGAACCACAUCAAUGCGGAGAAAGCCACUGAUAGAGGUCUUGUUCCUAGAAGUGUAACUAAGAGUGGUAGGGAUUUCCCUAACAGAUUUAAUGACAAUAGUUUGGAGGUUGAAAGAGCAGCAUUUCAGAGUUUUGAUGAGUUCGGUGAUAUUAUGGAUAAGCCACGAGUUUCACAUAUGGAAAUAGAGCAGAGAAUCCAGAAGCUAGCAGAGUGGCUGAAUGGUGCAGACAUCGACAUGCCUGAGUGGAUGUUUUCAAAGAUGAUGCGAAGUGCACAAAUCAGAUUCACAGAUCAUUCAAUAUUGAGAGUUAUCCAGCUAUUGGGAAAACUAGGAAACUGGAGACGGGUAUUACUAGUCAUUGAGUGGCUUCAAAUGCGUGAACGUUUCAAAUCCCACAAGCUCAGAUACAUAUACACAACUGCACUUGAUGUACUUGGAAAGGCAAGGAGACCUGUGGAGGAACUUAAUAUAUUUCAUGCAAUGCUGGAACAAAUGUCCUCGUAUCCUGACUUGGUAGCUUAUCAUUCUAUUUCUGUAACUCUUGGACAAGCGGGACAUAAGAGGGCACUUUUUGAUGUGAUUGAUACUAUGAGAUCUCCUCCAAAGAAGAAGUUCAAAACAGGAGCAGAUCCUCGGCUGGAUCUUGUUGUCUUCCAUGCAGUAUUGAAUGCUUGUGUUCAGCGCAAACAAUGGGAAGGAGCAUUUUGGGUUUUGCAGCAGUUAAAGCAACAAGGCCUACAGCCUGCCGCUACAACUUAUGGACUUGUCAUGGAGUUGAUGUUAGCAUGUGGCAAGUACAACUUGGUUCACGAGUUUUUCAAGAAAGUGCAGAAGAUUUCUAUACCAAACGCUUUAACUUACAGAGGUAAAAUAGAUGAGGCUGUAUCGGUUGUUCACAACAUGGAAAGACGAGGGAUAGUAGGUUAUGCGGCUCUCUAUUAUGACUUUGCUCGAUGCCUUUGUAGUGCUGGAAGGUGCCAAGAAGCUCUAAUGCAGCAUGCAUUACAGUUGGAUCGCUUAUUCCAUCAUUCCUUCUCGUUGAAAAUGCGGCAUAUGUUUUCAAACAAAUGGAGAACUUUUGCUCCCCAAAUCUCGUUACUUGCAACAUAAUGCUGAAGGCUUACUUGGACCACGGAAUGUUUGAAAAAGCGAGAGAUCUGUUCCUGAAGCAUAUCCGAUUAUAAGAUUCGGAUAAUACCAGAUAGCUACACUUUCAACACUUUGUUCGACACCUGCGUCACAGAAAAGAGGUGGGAUGAUUUUGAGUAUGUUUACAAAAGGAUGUUACACCACGUGUUUCACUUCGAUGCUAAACGCCAUCCUCGGAUGAUACUGGACGCUUGCAAGGCCGGAAAGGUAUCAUUUCUUUCUUUUUAUACUUCCGUUCCAACUCUCGGAAUAUAGUUGUCACUUGUCUGAAAAUGUCCAAUGUGUACGGAGUGAAUGUUACAGGUUGAGCUACUGGACGUAACCUGGAUGCACUUGACCGAGGCAGACCGGAUUCCACCUCCGCCUCUCGUCAAGGGAA